GUGAAAUACAUCCUGGUCAUCGAAGACGAUCCGGACAUCGUCGAGUUGCUCCGCUACAACCUGGAGCGCGAGUCCUACCGCGUGACCUCCGCCGCCACCGGCGCGGAGGGAUGGGCCCAACUGGAGCGGGAGCGGCCCGAUCUGUUGAUUCUGGAUCUGAUGCUGCCGGAGAUCAGCGGGUUCGAUCUGUGCCGGCGCCUGCGCCGGGACUCCGAAUACCAGAGUCUCCCGGUGAUCAUGCUGACCGCGCGGAGCGAAGAGGCCGACGUGAUCGCAGGCAUUGAACUCGGGGCGGACGACUACAUCACGAAGCCGUUCAGCCCCCGGGAGCUGGUGGCGCGGGUAGGGGCGGUGCUCCGCCGUACCGGCAGGACCGAGCAACCGGCCCCGUCGCCCGACGAGGGCGCCCUCCAGUUCGGUGACCUGGUGAUUGACCCGACGUCACACGAGGUGCGGCGGGGCGGAGACGACCUUCCGGUGACGCACCUGGAGUUCAAACUGCUCCACUAUCUGGCGUCCCACCCGCAACGCGUCUUCUCCCGGGAGCAGCUCCUCGACCGGGUGUGGGGACAUGAGAAAUACAUCACGCUGCGCAGCGUGGAUGUCUAUGUGCGGCGGCUGCGCCAGAAGGUUGACGUGUCGGGGAAUUCCUCGCUCCUGAAGACGGUUCGGGGCGCCGGGUAUCGCUUCGAACCUCCACCUUGA